CUUGCCUUACAACUUUCAACCUGCUCGGAAUUUCCAGUCCUAAAUCCCACCAUCAUCAUGUUCGUACUCAAGCGAGUCGAUUUGGCUGUUACAGCUCUCUCCUUCUUUCUUUUCCUCUCAUUUUACCUGGUCAAGCGGCGAAGUACUCUCAGGAUUCUCAGAGGUCCAUCUGCUUCAUCAUAUCUGUUAGGUCUGGAACACUAUUUACGAGUGGAAAAUAUCGUCACCGUUUUAUUCAAAUGGUCGAAGGAGUAUGGGACGGCGUAUAGAUUUCCAGGUUGCUUUGGGCAAAAAAUCCUGGUCAUUUCGGAUCCACGAGCAAUACAUCGUGUCCUCCAAGAAUCUGUUCUAGACUAUCCUGAAGCCGCGGACAUCAAAAGAAUCUUCGAGAUGAUUUUUGGGAGAGGUGUGCUUUGGGCUUCAGGCGAAGAUCACAAACGACACCGAAGGGUUUUGAGUCCUGCUUUCUCAAUCAAUCAUAUGCGGCAAUUUCUCCCGUUGUUCCAGAGUCAUGUGAACCACCUCUCGGAGAAAUGGAAUCAAGCUCUUCAAGGUAAAGGUCGAACCAUCGACAUCAUACCAUGGUUUCAUAAGGUCACCCUCGAUGUCAUCGGUGAAAGCGCGUUCAAUUAUCACUUUGAUGCAAUCGAUAACAAACCAAACGAGCUCACGCAAACACUGUACGACCUCGAGAAACUCGGGGUGGACCCGGUUCCAGGCAUGACAUUAGUCGCAGCCGUACCACGAUACGUCCCAGAUGCUGUCGCAGCCUGGCAAGCGAAAAACUUCCCAGUUAACGGGGAGAAGAUUGCCAAACGGUACUUGGAAUUAUCUAACCAGAAGGCCAGAGAAGUGAUGAAGGAAGCUGGGUUGGAUUUGAAUGGGGAUGGUGAAACUGAUGAUGUGCCGAUUGGGACAGGAACGGAAAAGGACGUUUUGAGUGUACUUGUUCGUGCAAACAGGGCAGAAGAUCCCAGAAAGCGGUUGAGUGAGGGUGAGAUGUUGGCUCAGAUGUCUACUCUCAUUCAAGCGGGCCACCAUACCACUGGUUAUACUCUUUCAUGGAUCCUUUACGAACUUGCCGCUCAUCCGGAAGAUCAAGCGAAGGUCUACGAAGAGAUUAGGCACAUCCGCGAGACGAAUUCCGAGGGUCUUACCAGCUCAGAUUACGAUUCGAUGACUCAUUUGACUUUGGUUCUCAAGGAAGCCCUCCGUCUUCAUCCCGUUGUACCCACGCUGGAAAGGGAAGCUAUGAAGAACGAUGUCCUCCUUCUGGACUUCCCUGUUGUAUCUAAAGAUGGUAAGACGGUUGAUGCGAUACCGGUUAGGAAUGGCCAGCGGAUCAAGGUUGACAUAUCGAGUUAUAACAGGUUAGAGAGUGUAUGGGGAGAAGAUGCCAACUCCUGGAACCCGAAACGAUUCGCCACAGAUUCUGAAGGCAAGACUCAGACUCAAGUCGGCCUGUUUGCCAACAUCUUGACAUUCAGUGGCGGCCCGAAGGGAUGCAUUGGUUGGCGAUUCGCUGUGAUGGAAAUGCAAGCCAUCAUUGCCGGUUUGCUCGAACGAUACGAGUUCUCAAUACCGGCAUAUGUAGAGAUCGAAGCAGGAAAUCCUGGUUUGGUUGUUCCAAAUGUUAAGGGGAAGGAAACGGAGGGCGCGCAGCUUCCGUUGAAAGUGACUCCAAGGGCUUCGGUUUGAGUGACUGAAGGGAUUUUCUGGGAUAUGAAUGUAAGGAAUCGUCGCUGGUUGAAAAGAUCUAUUAUGAUUGGACGAGUCAUUUCUGCAUUAUUAUAUUUAACCAAUGUUCUCUAGCUUACUGAAAUCAAGCGGGCUGCGGACAGCAUAUAUGAGGGCC